CAAAGAAUCUUCGAAAGAAGAAGUAGGAUUGUCCUGUCAAUUCGUCCCCCAUACGUAAAAUUGACACGCGAAUCCUAUCACGUUUCUAUGAUCUACAAUUCUCUGCUAGUUUAAUUUGGAGACCCACUGUUCCUCGAAACAUCCUCCGCCAUCCGGAUCUCUGUUCCAUCUGCACCGGACUUUCGAAACACCAAACAUUCUCAAUAAUCGACAAAUCAGAAAAAUACCUUUACUCUGUCUCGAUAUUGUUGGGCGGAAUGGCAACCAACUACGAAGCCCGCGAUCCCUUCCGUAGUGAAAGGUUGGUUUUUCGCGCUGUGCAAACGCCCCAGGACGAUGAAUUGUUCCGUGCGAUAAACGACGAUAGGAUUGGGUACCAAAACAGCAAUGCAUCAAACAAUCGCCUGCCAGGUUCCGCGGAUGCUGCAAAGUUUCAGAAGCAAGUGGCGGAAGAUUGCUUAAUGGGAGCUGUGAUAUGCUUAGCAAGCCCAGACUCGACACUUGUUCACGAUGGCACACCAAUAGGACAGAUUAACCUCAAAGCCUUGCCACCAGGGAUGCAACAUCAUCGCUUCAGCGAGAUUGCAAUUGAUGUUUUGCCGGACUAUCAAGGGAAGGGCUAUGGUGGAGAGGCUAUCCGAUGGGCGUUGGACUUCGCCUUCAGGAGAGCAGGAUUGCACAGAGUCAAGAUCAGAGCUUUUGGUUGGAAUACGGGUGCUGUUAGACUAUAUGAGAAGAUUGGUUUCAAACAUGAAGGCAGACAGCGGGAGGAGCUAUGGCACGAUGGAAGCUGGUGGGAUGGUAUCGAUAUGGGUAUAUUGGAGUCAGAGUGGCGAGAGUUGCGUGCACAAGGUCACUAAAAAAAGCUUGAUUAAUAAUUAGUAUACACUUGAUUCUAUCAUGGAUGUAAUUCGAUCGGGAUAGAUCAGAACACCCGAUCAUAUUGUUUCUGUAAGAUACUUGCCCUUGGUUCUUGCGAGAUAUCAUGGGUAACCCAAUUGGUUGGACAGAACGGAAGAGUAUGCGUCCGGCAGCCCAUGCCUGAAUCUUGAUGAUAGGAUUACGAGCUAUCUAGCAAUCUUUGAAGUACGGACUUCAAGGAUAGUAAUGGUCCAACUGGGAUAAAGGAAAC